GAAAACGAAGAAGAGGAAGGAAGUGGCGAGAGUGUUGGAGAAAACUCAGAGGAAGCAACCAGAGCCGGAGGGAGCGCUGUGUCUAAUCUCUAAAUGAACGACAACAUGGAAAACGUUUGUAUCGACAGUCUGAUCCUGAAGCUGCACGAUGUGGGCGCAGUGAAAUUUGGAGAGUAUAAACUGAAGAGUGGCAUGCUGACACCCAUUUACAUCGACCUGAGGGUGCUCGUGUCCUACCCAGCGCUCAUGAACCAGGUGUCAAGUCUCAUCUACCAGAGAGUUCAAGACGAGGGGCUGCAGUUUGACUCUGUGUGCGGUGUUCCAUACACAGCCCUGCCUAUAGCUACAAUCAUCUGCUCCAGACAUGAACUCCCCAUGCUCAUCAGGCGAAAGGAGGCCAAGGACUAUGGGACCAAGCGUAUGGUGGAGGGCUUGUGUCGUGAGGGGGACACAUGUCUGAUCAUUGAAGACACGGUGACCAGCGGUACCAGCAUCCUGGAGACUGCCGAAGUGCUUUACAAAGAGGGACUGAAGGUGACAGACUCCAUCGUACUUAUGGACAGAGAGCAAGGCGGGGUGGAGAUGUUGGGCUCUAAGGGAAUCAAGCUCCAUCCUAUCAUCUCCAUGUUCAAGCUGCUCAACGUGCUGCUUGCCGCCGAACGCAUCGACGCUCAAACCUCACAGAGUGUCCGCAAGUUCAUCCUGGAGAAUAACACUUUCAGCCCAAAAGAGGAGAACGGUAAUGGUGUUCCUGCUCCCAAGAAGCCAUGUAUGGAACAGAACGUGGAGCUGAGCUAUGCAGACAGAGCCAAACUACCAAAUGUUCAUCCUCUGGCGUCAAAGCUGCUGAAGAUCAUGGCAGAGAAGCAGUCUAACCUUUGUGUGUCUGUUGAUGUGACGAGCAGCGAGGAGCUGCUCCAGUUGGCGGACACUCUAGGUCCCAAGAUGUGCGUGCUGAAGACCCACGUAGACAUCCUGAAGGACUACACUGUAGCCUUCAGCCAGAAACUACAGGCUUUGGCUGAGAAUCACAACUUCCUCAUCUUCGAAGAUCGCAAGUUUGCUGACAUUGGAAACACAGUAAAGCAUCAGUAUGAAGGUGGUUUGUACCAGAUCUCGUCUUGGUCCCACAUAGUUAACGCUCAUGUGGUGCCGGGGCCCGGAGUUGUGAAGGGUCUGGGCUCUGUAGGGAAGCCUCUUGGCCGAGGCUGUUUGCUCAUAGCACAGAUGAGCUCCCAGGGGUCUCUGGCUACUGGUGAAUACACAAAGGCUGCGGUGAAGAUGGCAGAGGAGCAGUCAGACUUUGUGAUUGGGUUCAUCUGUGGCUCUAAGGUCACUAAGAGGCCAGACUUUAUCCACAUGACCCCCGGGGUGCAGAUGAAGGCCGGAGGAGAUGUUUUGGGCCAGCAGUACACCACUCCAGAGGAAGUUAUUUGCAACAAAGGCUCUGAUGUCAUCAUCGUCGGACGGGGUAUCCUGGAGGCUCCUGAAAGGCUGAAAGCCGCUGAGGCGUACAGAAAGUCGGGCUGGGAGGCCUACACAAAGAGACUGGGACAGAGUGGCCACUAGGAGCAAGAAAAAAAGCAUCUUUUCGUCUAAUUGACAAUUCAAGCUACAGCUGUAAUGAGGACUUCUGCAGAUGAUCAGGAUUUUUGUUUUUAGGUUUAGAUUUUUUCAGGAACACCAGUGUGCACAUAAUUGUAUACAUAGAAAUAUAUGUAGAUAUGUGCGUCUCUACAUCACACUGCCACAUCAAAACACGGGUUCCUAUACAAUUUAACAUGCAAGGGGCCAGUUUAGGGGAAUCUGACACUUUAUUGGUGAACAUUUUUAUGUGUACUCUCGAUUCUGUCCUAUUAAUAAGCUGCUCAACUUGACCUGGAAACUGGUUGGCUCUGCUACUUCUGACAUGGUUAAGUAUUUUGGAAAAGGGUUCAGUAGUAUUUAGAGAUUAAUGAAUUAUUCUCAUCCGAUCCAACCAUGCAGAGAGAGUUAAAUCAUUUUCUGUUUUUUAACCUAGUUUUUUUAAGAGCAUGACACUGUUGGCUCAUUGACUGCGGUAUUAAGGUUAAAAUUCAGGGUAUUUUUUCAUCAUACAGCAAUAAAUAUUGUGUAUAUCAAGUUGCACAAUUGGGAUUAGAAUUAGGGUUGUCUGAUACCGACACAUUUUAUUCCUCAUAAUCUCAGUAGUUUUCUGGUUACAUGAACAUUUACAGUAUUUACAGCAGCUCGAUCAGUUACAGUUCAGCAAUGGAUGAUGGGUUUCUCACUGUGGUCUUUGCUCAACUUUUUGAGGGAACGCUUUAUAAACUUGAUCGGUUCACUACAAAAUGAUUGCAUUUGUUUUUGCCUGAUUGCUUGAGAUUCCCUAAAAGAAAAUAUGACUGAUAUGUGGAACCUCUGAGCAGUGAACUGUCUAUGUGAGAGGUAUUUUUCACCAGCUGUAAUAAUUUAAAUAUUAUCUCGAAUGAUCUGAUGAGUAUAGCCUCUCAUUAAUUCUAAGAUGUGGAAGUGCUGAUUGUGGCUGGGAUAAACGACAUAAGUGUCUUGAUUACGUCCAAUGUGUGCCGUCCAUACUGAUAACUUAAAAUGACAAAAAACUGAUGUGAGACAUUUGUUUUUCUGAAGAGGGAUGAAUGCAGUUAUAUUGUGAUGUGAUCAGUGAGCCCACACAACCACUCUACAAGUUCUUUAAAAAAAAAAAAGACAGUGGAUAAACAAGUUUUUCUUUCUACAGGAAAUUGCCUUCAGUUUGUAACCACUCCCUCAAAAGUAGACAGAGGUUGAAUUUUGCCAGCAGUGUGUCCUGGGGCCAUGACUGUUGUGCUGUUACUACUGCAUGCAGUGAUAUGGUUCAUUCAUGUAUUUUUUCUCUUGAUUUGUUGAAUAAAUGUUUCAUUUUCUUCUCUGACAGGGACCUUUGGUUUUUAGUUUCUUCUAAUGAAUAAAAGAAAUGCAAUGUCUUUUUUUUCUGGCAAAA